CUUUAGUGCGUUCUUUAGCCUCUUGAUUGUAGUAAGGGUCAAAAGUCACACUUAUAUUGUUUGUAAUACAAUAGUUUUCAAAUUUUAUUUAAAUGAUAUGGACAGUCCAAAUACCGAAGGUAUCACUCAAGCAAGACCGGUUUAUCUCUCAAGUGCGUUCAACAUGGAAGAUGUCCCAAAGCUAGGGAGGCGACCUAGCGAUGCAAUAUCAAGAGAGGAGCAGGAGAAGAACAUGGAGGCCGCAUUCAGUAAAAUUCUUGACAGUAUAGGAGAGGAUCAAACUCGCCAGGGUUUAUUAAAAACGCCCUCUCGGGCAGCGAAGGCAAUUUUGUAUUUUACGAAGGGAUACGAGGAGACAAUUUCUGAUGUUCUUAAUGAUGCUGUAUUUGAUGAAAAUCAUGAUGAACUUGUCAUAGUGAAGGAUAUUGAUAUGUUCUCCUUGUGUGAACAUCAUUUAGUGCCAUUCAUGGGAAAGGUUCAUAUUGGCUAUAUACCCAACAAGAGAGUAGUGGGGCUAAGUAAACUUGCUAGGAUUGUGGAAAUUUUCAGUCGUCGUUUGCAAGUUCAAGAACGUUUAACAAAACAGAUUGCCAUGGCUUUAACUGAAGCUGUCAAUCCAGCUGGUGUGGGGGUGGUUAUUGAAGCCACACACAUGUGUAUGGUCAUGCGAGGGGUGCAGAAGCCAAGUAGCAAGACUGUGACCAGUUGCAUGGUGGGAGUACUGCGAGAGGAUCCUCGAUCACGCGACGAGUUCUUGACCCUAAUUAGAAAAAGCAAUAUAUAACUUGUUAUUCAUUUGUUGUUGAAGUAUGGAUUUUAUUUAAUAACUACUGUAUUUCUAUAAGUAAGCACCUGCACUUUAAUGAAC